AUGCUCCGAUCAGAGCCCUUUCUGAAGAUGUCCCUGCUGAUCCUGCUUUUUCCGGGACUGACAGAGACCUGUAUUCCACGAGAAGUUGCCAUCGAACAAAAAAUUGCUGAUAGCUCACCCCAGAAACACCAAGAAAUGGGUAUAAAAGGAACAAACUGUCUGGGUAGAAAACUAGGGCAAAAGUUAAAUCUCAGUUUAAAGGGUGGGGUGGGUAUGAUGAGCAGGCUGUCAACAGAUGGUCCCCCAAAAGACACCUCCUCAUCUGGAUCCUCUUCCCUGGUGCCUUUGGGAGAUAAAACACAAGAAGAGAGUCUGCUGAGUCUGCAAGUGUUAAAUGAAGAAACCAACGACUGCAAGGAAGGGAAGCCCCAAGUGACCGAGCAUCCCAUCAAAGUUCUUCCAAAGAAGAAGAACAGUUGGAAUGUGCUGAAAUGCAUCUAUAUGAUGGUCACCUUCUUGUUCGUGUCCUACAAUAAAGGAGACUGGUGUUACUGCCACUACUGCAACCAAGAUGCGGAGUUCAGAAAAGAUCCCUGCUGCUCUUUUUAGUGACUCUGCUUCAACUCAGGUCAACCUUCAAAAGGCC